AUGUCUCCUAAUACUGAUCCUUACACCCGCACCUUAAUUGUGGCGUUAAAGUCACCUUCUGUUGGCAAGUCUACAUCACAGAUCUCUGAACUUACUGAUGUUCAUCCUCGUACGGUCAAUCGUAUCUAUAGUAGAGCUAUUGAGGCUGGUUUCGAGCCAAACGUUCUCCCUCUUAAGAUCCUCCCAGAGCACGACUGGACAUUAGAAGACUGGAAGAAUGUCAUCUGGACAGACGAGACGUCUGUUGUACUCAACCACCGGGCAGUAGUCAAGAGCUGUAUCCGUGAGAGGUGGAAGGGAUACUCAGAGUUCAUGUUCUGGGGCUGUUUCUCGUAUGACAAAAAGGGUCCAUGCCAUAUUUAUCAGCCAGAGACAAACGUGGAGAGAAAAGACGCUGCUCGGAAGAUUGAGCAGCUUAACGCUGAGCUCGAGCCUCUCCAGCGAGAGGAGUGGGAGCUGUCCACAUCUAUGAGAAGGACAGGACUACGUAAUAAGCCUGGCAGGAAGCCUCAAUGGAGAUGGACAGAGCAGACAGGCAAGCUAGUGCGUUCGUCCAAAGGCGGUAUAGACUGGUGGAGAUAUCAGAGCUGCGUUCUGAUCCCAAAGCUGAUUCCUUUCGCCAAAGAGUGCCUCCAAGAUAGGCCUCAGACCGUAGUUAUGGAGGAUAAGGCACCUGGGCACGCCCACCAGUAUCAGAACGUUGUCUAUAGUCUAUCCAACGUCGAGAGACUACUUUGGCCUGGCAACUCUCUAGACUGUAACUGUAUUGAGCCAUGCUGGUUCUACAUGAAGAGAGAGACUACAAAGAAAGGAGCUCCACAGUCAAGAACGGAGGCAACUAGAAUUUGGCUAAAUUGCUGGAGAGAUCUCCCACAAGCUAAGAUCCAAGCUUGGAUUGAGCGUAUUCUUAUACAUAUUCUAAAGAUAAUUGAGCUACAAGGUGGUAAUGAGUAUAUAGAGGGGAGAGAUAGGCGUUGUGUAGGAGAGCGGCCAGAUUUCGGCUAA